AUCCAUCUUCAAAUCACAAAUUUUCAUAUAUGAUCCAAACCCUAAAAAUUAUAAAUCUCUCAUUUUUCUUACACCACACCAAUUAUGAACAUGUUUAUCUUCAUGUACUUUGGCUACGGCCUCCUAUUACGAUCUUAGUCUCUAUUAUCCUUUUCUUUUUUUCAUCAAAGUUGUUGUAAUUUGUCUCCUAAAAAUAUAGGGGGUUCUAUCUGAGAUUCACCCCGACGAUAUUGUUAGGGCUUUCAAAGUCAAUUCUAAUCUUUUUUGGGCUGAACAUUUUGACAAACAGUUUGUAGGCAUGGACGAUCUUUGGGUUAAACACUGUGGUAUAAGCCAUACCGGAAGUUUCAAAGAUAUAGGAAUGAUGGUUCUCAUUAGUCAAGUUAACCGUCUCCAAAAAAUGAACCGUCCGUUAGUCGGUGUCGGUUGUGCUUCUACUGGUGACACGUCAGCAGCACCUUCUGCUUAUUGCGCUUCCACAGGAAUUCCUUCCAUGUUUUUCCUCCUGGCGAACAAAAUAUCGACAUCACAAUUGAUUCAACCGGUUUCCAACGGUUCUUUGGUUCUCAACAUCGACAUCGAUUUUGACGGUUGUAUGAAGCUUAUCAGAGAAAUAACUUCCGAACUACCAAUUUAUUUAGCGAAUUCGUUGAACAGUCUGAGAAAAAUGAGAUAUUAGAAUUUUUAAGGUUUGUAUCAGAUAUGAGAAUUUGUGAUUUAAAAAUGAAGAAAUUAGGAUUGAAGAUGAAAUUUAUUGAGUUUUUAUUAAA